UUUCUGUUCUGUUAAAAAUUAUAAAUUUCUAUUUAUUUAGAGUCACUUUUAGUUCAUUGGAACUUGAGUAAAAUAUCUGCUUAAUUGCAUUUGUAAUUUUAUAAACAUUCUGAAGAAAAUGGAUCAUAUCGAAGAUGCAAGCGCAAAUACAGUUGACUUUGAAAUAAGGGCCUGCACAUCUACUAUAUUGCCUAUUAGCAGCAAGAAGCAUAUUUUGAAUGAAGCCGAAGAAGGAAAAUACACUAAUUCCGGUUUGCCACCUUCGUCAUGUACAUCUAUUGCCAAUGAGGAAUCCAAUCAUGCAAUAAGUGAAACUGACAGCAUACAAGAUGUGCAAAACGUUGCGGAACAAGAGCAGUUCAAUGUUUGCUCCAAAAAACAACUCACGAAUGAAAUAUCAGUAUCAGUUAUCACUGAUACUGAGCAACAACAACAACUGAUACUGCCUCAACAAAAAAAGUCUACAUCGAAUGAGCCACAAUAUGAGGAAGCUACAAAUGAGACAGAUGGUAAGAUUAUAAGGUUUUCGAUUGAUGAACUCACGAAUGAAACAUCAGUAUCCGUUAUCACUGAUACAGUUAUCACUGGUACUGAACAACAAAACUUGUCUCAACAGAAAAAGUCUACAUUGGAUAAGCCACAAUGGGAGGAAGCUACAAGAGACGUGUCGAUAUCAAAAACUGAUGGUGAGAUUAUAAAGUUUUCCAUUGAUGAACGCAAGCAAACUAAGCUUGAUGUAUCAGUUAUCACUGAUACUGAACAAGAAAACUUGUCUCAACAGAAAAAGUCUACAUCGGAUGAGCCACAAUUUGAGGAAACCACAAAUGAGGUGUCGAUAUCAAAAACAGAUGGUGAGAUUAUAAGGUUCUCGAUUGAUGAACUCACGAAUGAAACAUCAGUAUCCGUUAUCACUGAUACAGUUAUCACUGAUACUGAACAAGAAAACUUGUCUCAACAGAAAAAAUCUACAUCGAAUCAGCCACAAUGGGAGAAAGUAACAAAAGAGGUGUCGAUUUCAAAAAAUGAUGGAGAGAUUAUAAAAUUUUCCAUUGAUGAACUCAAGCAAAUUAGGGAAGAUAUAGAAAGCAAAGUAACUAGAAACAAUUUAAAUUGGGAACCAUUUGAUCUUACAACGAAAAACAAUAACGAUAAGGUUAUUAGUAACUCAAUAAGCAACAAAUUGAAAGAAGUUUUCCCUUAUCACAGUGAUACCUCUUUGGAAUACCAAUAUUCUACAGAAGUCAAUACAUUAAGUGAGGUCCGCAGAACAAAUUUGAAUAUAACAAAGUCGUCUAGUUUCCCAUACAUUCCGAAUUCAGUUUCUCAGGGACACAUGAAUUUUUUAAAUGAGAAUACCAUCGCGUCUGAAAGGCCAACGAAGAAACCUGCCAAAUAUCAAAAGCACAUUACUAUUCGAUAUGAUGACUCAGACGAAGAAGAUAAAAAACGAGUUCCAUUCUGCCCAUACUGCUUAUAAGCACCUGUAAUUGUUAAAGGAUACAUAAAGAUUAGUCCUAAAAGAAUAUAUGAAAUGAAAGGAAACAGUGCUCAUAUAUCUAUGUCUAUGGAUUACUAAAACUCACUUCGUGCCUUCAGUAUAAACAUAACUUCGUCGAAAUUUUUUGUUUAAGUCUUAUUGAAUAUUUCAUACAUUUGUGUUCAAUAUACGUUCAAUAUAUAUUUUAGUAUUCCAUCU